CCGCAAAAGGUCCCCGGCCCGUUCCCGAGCAGCGGCGGCGGCGGCGGCCGGAGGAAGGGUUCCAGUGCGGCAGUUCACUCCCGCCGGCGCCCACGCUCGUACCAGAAGGCCGCCGCGCCGACGCCUGCCAACGUUCCUACCAGGACGAGCACAUGUACCGUGCAAGGAACGGGCGCGCCGACUUCGUCGCCACCGGGCUCGCCAACGUUAUCACGGCCAUGUCGUACCUCCUGUUCGUCGUCGUCACCGCCGGCCGAAACGACCCCGGGGGCACGCCGGUUGGCGCCGGCACGGUGUGGCAAGCCAUCCUGGCGUUCGGGCUCAUGUCCGCCGGCCUGCUGAUGGUCACGUACGGCAUGCGGGCUCCAGGCGCGCGGCCUCCGGUUCUCGUCCGCCGCGCCGCGGACGCCGCGGGCGCGGCUCUCUUGCACGCGGGCGGGCCUCAGAGGCUGAUGCCCGUCGUGAUCCUGCUCGUGCUGUCGUUUCUGGAAGCCUGGUUCGAUUUCUUCUGACGACGACGCCCACCCUGCUGCAGGUGCAGAGUUCAGGCUUCAGGCUUCAAGAGCAUGCAUGUCGGUGAGUUCAUCGAGCCGAUUUUGCGAGCGAUUUAAAAAUAUUAGGAAAUUACCUAACGCCCCCUACUUUGAGGAGUAUUUCCUCGUUUUCUUUUUCUGUGUCCUAGAGGGUUUUUGGGUUCUUUUAAAAUCUCAAGAGUCAACGGAAGGGACAUGUGAUUUGCAUUUGAGCUUUCCAAGUUGGUCACUUUGCCUUUGCCAAAUCAAUGCCAUCGUCUCAGUUUGCGCGGACGGGCCCACUUGUCAUGUGCCACAAAGAGCGUUGACAAGUUUAGGCCGGGCUAACAUGUGUUCUAUCCAACGGACUUCAUGAAAGUUCCAAAUGGAGAAUACCGCUGGAGUACAGGGGCCAAUGAUCCAGAUAUGGAAUGUGUACAGGAGAGUGAACCAAUCAGUGUAUAGAACCACUUUCUAGUCUCCCUCUACAUCCAUCUGUCAUGACCCUUUAAUAAGACAUGAAAUUGCACUGA